ACGAAUUUGGACAACACAAUCUCAUUACAUUAACAUAUUACUACUGUCUUAGCACAGUCCCUAAAAGACUAUAAAUAGACCUUGUAGAUUGCAUUGGUAGUAACAAGAUGCCUUGAGAAAGAUUGUCAAGGUAAUUAGGAUAGAAGAUAAUGGAGAUCCCGGCGAUCAACCUCGAAGAGCUCGAAGGCGAGAAGAGGAGCACUACCAUGUCGCUUCUCCACGACGCCUGCGGAAAGUGGGGGUUCUUUUGGGUAGAGAACCAUGGGGUUGACGAGGAGCUGAUGGAGAAGGUGAAGGCGCUGGUGAAUAAGCAUUACGAGGAGAUGAUGAAGGAGACCUUUUAUGGUUCGGACGUCGCUAGGACGUUCGGCGGUGCUGUCGCUGAAGCAUCGAAUAUCGACUGGGAGAGCAGCUUCUUCUAUCGCCAUCAGCCGGAUUCCAACCUCAGUGACCUUCCCGAGCUUCUUCGUGAAGCAAUGAAUCAAUUCGUCAAACAGUUGAUCAACCUAGCAGAGCGACUUGCAGAACUAAUGAGCGAGAACCUGGGGCUUGAGAAGGACUACAUAAAGAAAACCUUCUCUGAGCCCUACGUGGGGACGAAGGUGGCCAAGUACCCAAAGUGCUCCAAUCCCGAGGUUGUCCUCGGCCUCCGUAGCCACACAGAUGCCGGGGGGAUCAUCUUGCUCCUCCAGGACGACAUCGUUCCAGGCCUCGAGUUCAUGAAGGACGGUGAGUGGGUCCCGAUUCCCCCCACCAAAGGUAAUAGACUCUUCGUGAAUCUCGGAGAUCAGAUAGAGGUGGUGAGCAAUGGCAUCUACAAAAGCAUUAGGCACCGCGUCCUCGCCGACAAGAAUGGAAGCCGGUUAUCCAUGGCAACAUUCUACAACCCCGGGGGUGAUGCCAUAAUCUCACCGGCUCCAAAGCUCGUUUACCCUAGCCAGUACCGGUUCCAGGACUACCUCGAUUACUACUUCACUACCAAGUUCUCAGACAAGGCGGCUAGGUUUCAGUCCGUUAAGGAGAUGCUUGUGUGACUGUGUGUGUCACGCCCCGUGACCCGCCUAUUUGGUGGUACAGGGGAAACCCUGUCCGUUCGGCGCUAUCGGCGUGCCCGAACUCGACCAAAUAGACGGAUCGCGAGGCGUGACAAUGGGUGUUAAAAAGAGUAAUAGGGCUACUUACAAGGGUUUGUUGAUGCAGUGUUUAUACCGAGUGAUAGUGGUAUAAGUGUGAGGAGAGUGAUGCUGAUGGCUUUGAUGCUCUGAUUGAUAAUAUGUGUUCAUCUUUCGAUCAAGAAUGUAUGGCAAUAGAGUUAAUGGAUUGUCUAGUAUUUUGUAAGUGAUUAUAGAAACUAAAAAUCUUUGUCUGUUCU